AUGCCAGCUCCACAGCCCAUGAUAGAUUUACAUGGCAACUAUCUAUGUUUUAAUGGCCAAGUAUUUGGAGGUCUUCAUGUGCCACUAGAUUCAAAUGAUACUACUAUGCUGUCGUCCCAGUUGGCAAUCGAAAAUCUGGACGAGUCUCAUAUCUUAAAAACGUUAUCUGAGAUACAUGGUGAAUGGGCAAUCGUAUUUUAUCAUAAACGAACAAACUGUGUUUAUUUUGGACGAGACCAUCUUGGCCGGAGAUCGCUUCUUAUGCAUCUUCCAACUCACCCACAAGACACGUUUAUACUAUCUUCUGUUGAAGUUCCUACUACCGGACUAUUUGUUGUGGAUUUAGCUCUUGUCAAUACAGCCUGGAAUGAUCCUACACAAUAUUUCAGGCAUAUUUCAUGGUCAACCUCAUCUGACCCUUUAACAAACUUGAUCCCAUCAGAUUUAGAUCUUGGUAGUAUAGAUCAAACAGAUCCUCGAAUUGGUUUAUCAAUGAUAGAUGAUGCUUCCCCAAUGAAUAGCGCAGUGAAAUCACUUGAAUCUGUACUUGCAAAUGCUGUUCGCACAAGAACAGAAAACAUUCCUGCUCCAAUUAGGCAAGCCAUGCUUUUAUUGAAACGAUUUUAUGGGAAUGCACGACUUGGUAUACUGUUUUCUGGCGGACUAGAUUGUAUCACAUUAGCUGCACUUGCUCAUCGUAUUAUUCCACCAAUGGAGCCAAUAGAUCUUUUAAAUGUUGGGUUUGAGAACCCACGAAUUGCUCAGCACAAAAACAAAACUACACUCAAAAAAAAUGUCGAUAAUUUAAAAGAUGAACCACCGCUAUUACUUGCAUCCAAUUCAUUUGACGUUCCAGAUCGACUGACAGGUCGACUUGGUGCUACAGAGCUGCAGCAGCUUUUUCCUUCGCGUGAAUGGCGAUUUGUAUGUAUUAAUGUCCCAUACACGGAAGUUGUAGCAUGUCAGCCUUACAUUAUGAAUUUAAUGACUCCGCUCAAUACUAGCAUUGCCAUGGCAUUUUGGUUUGCAUCCCGUGGGAUUGGAACCAUUUUGGAUCAAAACGGCGCUCAGAAUGUAUACCAUAGUCACGCAAAAGUGCUUUUAAGUGGAUUAGGUGCAGACGAACAGCUUGGUGGAUAUGGACGUCAUAAGGCGAAAUUUAAUGCACUUUCAUGGGAAGGCUUGAUUACCGAACUUCAGCUAGACGUAUCUCGCAUAUCCACUCGCAAUCUUGGUCGUGAUGAUAGAAUUAUAUCUUCCCAUGGCAAAGAAGCACGAUUUCCAUUUUUGGAUCGCAAUGUAGUGAGUUUACUUUGUCAAUUACCGAUUCAUUUAAAAACUGAUCCGAGAAAACCCAAAGGGGUUGGCGAUAAACUCGUGUUGAGAUUGGUUGCAAAAGGCAUGGGUUUGGAUCGAGCUGCUAUUGAACCGAAGCGUGCAGUGCAAUUUGGUGCAAGGACUGCUAAAAUGGAAUCUGGAAAGCAAAGCGGGAAAGAUGUGUUGAAUUCAGAGUAG